CGGUGAGCCGCGGUAGUUCGCUUAGGGUUACAAUCCUGACUGAAGAAAGAAAGAGUAGGGACUAAUCAGAAAGGAGGACUGCGGGAAAGAAACGAUGGAGUCCAAAAGGAUUCGGCAUGGAUCAGAUAAGAAAAAUCAGAAAAGGGAAUAGUGACCUUCCUCUCUCGGUGACUUUUAGGAGAGCUUCCUCGGCGGAGGGACGGCCCAUUCCUCCGUCAUUCGGCACUUCUGCUUCUUCUGUUAGUCGGGUGUGGCAAUCUUGUCUGGUUCUUUUUGACCUCUUCUCCUUUGUCUUGGGUGGUUUGGUAUUGAGCCGGAAGAGUUUCGGAAAGGUAUGAGUCAACUUAAAAAAAAAGGUCAACUGGUGUCAAUGUCAAUGGUUGGGAUGUG